UUUUCUCGAGCUUGUCACCUAGCCAGCCAAAGAAGAGCUGGGCAGAAAGUGUUCCGAUGAAGGCUACGCCAUUAACUGCGGUGGAGACAUUGGGGGGCAACGUUUCCGGCUUUGGUGCACCGUCCACCAGGUAGUAUAUGCGGACAAGUAGCUUUGUUACGAGGGAGAUACAAAACAGGUCAUAGGCAUCCGUGAAGAAACCCAUUCCUGUCACGAUAAUUGCUGUAAAGUGAUAGAAUUGUGUCUUAGCUGCAUCAAGUGCAUUUAGCACUUGAAGUUUGAUCUUUGGUUCUCCAAAUUAAACAGAAUACUCCCCCAAUUACAUAUACAUGGCCAAAGAUCUUUGGAGGAGAUAUCAGGUGAGCAUGAGCAAGAAGAUGAGCUUGGAAAUGAGAAAUGGAAACCAUGUUUGUAAAUCCGAAAUCUGAAAUCUGAAACUUGAGUCGUGGCGGAGUGGAUGCAUCACUUCCAUGAUGUGAUGUACCGUUUGUCCGAGGUGCUGCGAAACAGCGCAUAUGCAGAUGCAUUUGCGGAUUUUGAACCUGAUUGGGAGUUCAUACUCCAAAAAAAUCGAAGUCAUGACAAAGCAGAAGCAUCUUCUUCUGCUGACCGAGAAAUUACAAGGUGAGAAAGAUCAAGAGCAACAGCAAGGAUCUUCGUAUCUGAAGGCUGAUGUUUACGGAAGAGAAAAAGAAAAGAAUGAGAUGGUUGACUAUUUGUUAUCUGAUCGAUCCAGUGGUACCGUUGGCAACACGUCUGUGAUUGCAACCGUGGGCGUUGAAGGGAUUGGUAAGACCACCUUUGCUGAAAUUGUCUACCACGACAACCGAGUCAAGGCCUCUUUCGAACUCCGAGGCUGGGUGGACUAUCAAGAGGAAAAGAUGGGCAACGGAAUCCCACUCACUGAUGAAGAAAGGAUGCCAUGGCUUGAAUCACUAAGAGAUGCCACAAAAGAACACAGUUAACGGAAAUGGUGUGAUUCUUGGGUGUUCUGCAUUGAAGAAGCAAUAUAGAGAAACACUAAGAUCAAGUGACCCUGAUUACAAAUUGGGAAGUUAUGUAACAAGUGCUGUUAGCUUUGUACUACUGGAAGCUUCUGCUGAGGUGCUAAGUGUUCGUUUAAAUAAAAGAGCAGAAGGGACACAUUAUAUGCCAGCAUCUCUUUUGCAAUCUCAGUUGGAUUUGCUUAAGAUUGAUGAAUCUGAGGGAAUACUUAGGGUUGAUGCCACUUUAAGUCCUCAAUCCAUUGUCAAAACCAUUAUUAUAGGCAUUUUCCAAUUUCAGGACUCUUUUCAUUCA